AUGCCUGGAACAGGGAUCGUACAGAUUGCCCUUAGCCCCAGUAACCAUGAAGUCCACAUCUAUAAGAACGGGAGCCAGUGGGUGAAAGCUCAUGAGUUCAAGGAGGACAACGGACACAUCACAGGUAUCGACUGGGCUCCCAAGAGUGACCGCAUUGUCACUUGUAGGGCUGACCACAAUGCCUACGUCUGGGGUCAGAAAGGUGGAGUUUGGAAGCCGACCCUGGUGAUCCUGAGAAUUAACUGCGCAGCCGCUUUUGUCAAGUGGUCCCCGCGAGAGAACAAAUUUGCUGCAGGCAGCAGAGCACAACUCAUUUCUGUUUGUUACUUCGAGUCAGAAAAUGACUGGUGGGUAAGCAAGCACAUAAAAAAACCCAUUCACUCCACGGUCGCCAGUACACCCUGGGGCAGCAAGAUGCCUUUUGGUCAGCUGAUGUCAGAGUUUGGUGGCAGUGGCACUGGCGGCUGGGUGAAUGGGGUCAGCUUCUUUGCCAGCGGGAGCCGCCUGGCCUGGGUCAGCCACGACGGCACCGUGUCUGUUGUUGAUGCCUCAAAAAGCGUGCAGGUCUCAACUCUGAAGACAGAGUUCCUGCCCCUCCUGAGUGUGUCGUUCGGCUCAGAGAACAGCGUUGUGCCUGCUGGCCAUGACUGCUGCCCCAUGCUCUUUAACUACGACGACCGUGGCUGCUUGACCUUCGUCUCCAAGCUAGACCUCCCGAAAGAGAGCAUCCAGCGCAACAUGUCGGCCAUGGAGCACUUCCACAACACGGACAAGUGGGCCAUGACCAAGGACCGAAACACAGCCCUGGAGACGCUGCACCAGAACAGCAUCACUCAAGUGUCUAUUUAUGAGGUGGACAAUCAAGAUUGUCGCAAAUUUUGCACUACUGGCAUUGACGGAGCCAUGACCAUUUGGGAUUUCAAGACCUUAGAGUCUUCUAUCCAGGGCCUUUGGAUAAUGUGAAGCUGAG